CGGAUUCGGACAAAUAUACACUAUUGCCCAUAUUUUCGCCGGAAAAGGGAUUGGACGGUGUAUUUGGCGGGUUUGUGAUGCGAAGCAGAGGGUAUAUUCGCGACAUAAUUUGACGGGAACUAGCUGGGCAAUCGGCAUAUUAAGUCAGUUUGCGCAAAGAAAAUAUUUCGAAGGCCGGAGUCUGAUUGCUGCGAUCCCGUUAGUCCGACACGACUGCGAGAAUUUACCAUUGAUUUGGGGGGCAACGAACAGAAGUUUCAAGCAAUCAAAAGAGGAAAAUCGGAGAAACCUAAAUCAAAAUUCCUUCUUCCCUUUCUCUUUCUCUUCUUCCUAAGCAACCAAACGCCCUUCCUUUUCCUUCCUGCCUCGUGUGUCGCUCACUCUCUCAGCUGUAUAUAUCGAAGGGAAAUUGAGCGGAGAGAGGAAGGAAUUUGGAGCGUGGGGUUUCGGGUUUGGGGAAGGUUGGAAACGACCUAGAGGUGAGAUGGGGGAUGCCGGCGAUUCGGGGUCUUUGGAUCAGACCGUUGGGUCUUCUUCUUCGCACUCGUCCACCUUUUUCACUAAUUACCCGCUCAUCGCUGCAAUUGUCGCCUUCACAAUUGCGCAAGCUACCAAGUUCAUCACCUCCUGGUACAGUGAAAAAAGAUGGGAUUUGAAGCUGCUCAUUGGAUCUGGUGGUAUGCCAUCUUCCCAUUCUGCGACUGUUUCUGCUCUCGCCAUGGCCAUUGGGUUCCAGGAAGGGUUUGGAGGAUCACUUUUUGCCGCUGCAUUGAUCUUAGCUUGCGUUGUGAUGUAUGAUGCAACUGGUGUAAGACUACAAGCUGGACGCCAAGCCGAGGUCUUGAAUCAAAUUGUAUAUGAACUGCCAGCUGAACAUCCUUUGGCAGAGAGCAGACCUCUGCGCGAGCUUCUUGGUCAUACUCCUGCACAGGUAGUGGCUGGUUGUUUGCUUGGAGUUGUCACGGCAAUCAUUGGCCAUCUAAUCACAAUGACGACUAGUCAAAGCUGAUACACGUCCAGGAAGAUAUUAUUGUUUCCCCCUCAACACAUCAAAGAAGUUAUAGUUCAGCUCACAGGGGAUGGGGUGUUGCGAUGCUCAGUUUGCUCAACUGUCACCGCUAGUGGGUUCUUGAAAGCAUACUUACCCUUCUGUUGAAUCUGUUGCGUUCUUUCAUUCUUGAUAGUGAUAUUCGAGACUUCGUAUAUGUGAUUAAUUGCAGUAUAUUACUGAAAGGGUUAUUGGAAAUCAUGAUAGUCAGUCAAAUGUACCAUAUGCUCGAACUGGCACAUAAUGCUUGUAUGUUUGACAUGAAAUUCACAGGAAUUUAGGGUUCGUGAUGGAGUUUCUUUGUGUUCAUUAUUAUCCAAUUGUUAUUGUUGAAAAACGUUGCUAUGACCCAUGUUGAUGGCUGCUGUUUAGGAUCUUUGA